GUUAUUGUAUUUUAUUUUAUUUUUAAAAAAAUGGUUCGUCCGGAGGAUGAGCACGAGAAGCAGCGGCAGCACUGCUGCAUAUCCCACGAAUUUUACAGAGCAGCUAGCAAAAACCCGGAAAAGAUAGCCGUUAUCCAUGCAUCAUCAUCUAAACCGUCAGCUGGUGGGGUCCAGAUUGACAGAGAGUUGAUCGGUGGUGGGAAUCCUCCGGUGUAUAAAGGCGACCAGUGUUUCACUUUCGGUACCCUUUUAGCGUCCGUUGAUUGUCUCAGUUUUCGUUUACGUUCCAUUCUUGAGGGUGCUGAUGAUCCUUACUUGGUUAAAUCCCAACCCCCAGGUGAUAAUGGCAAGCAUACUGUGCCUGUUCAAACGUCUGAGGCUUCGUUAACUUUCAUGCAAGAAGUUGGUCGACAUACUGAACUUGAGAAUACGUAUAUACCAAAGAUAGUAGGGCUUUUUAUGCCGCCUUCAGUGGAAUACGUAAUUUCUGUUCUUUCUGUUUUAAAGUGUGGGGAGGCUUUCCUGCCUCUAGAUCCUUCAUGGCCGAGAGAUAGAAUUUUGUCGAUUGUGGAUUCUUCAAAUGCUGCUCUUGUCAUUGCGUGCGGGUCUUCAUUUGGAAAAAGUGGUUGUGAGCCACUUGAUCAAUCACAUUGGCUCUUAGAAUGCAGUAGUUGUCCUGUCUUGUGCUUUUCUAUGGAGGAAAGUUCUGAAAAGAAUAACAUAGAAUCAAGUUUUGGAUGGCCUUGUGAAAAUGAAAGAAAAAGAUUGUUCAGUUAUUUAAUGUACACUUCAGGGUCUACUGGAAAUCCUAAAGGUGUAUGUGGCACAGAACAAGGUCUUUUAAAUCGCUUUCUAUGGAUGCAAGAACUGUAUCCCAUGCAUGGAGAGGAACUGCUGUUAUUCAAGACAUCAAUAAGCUUUGUUGAUCACCUGCAAGAAUUUCUUGCUGCUUCUCUUACUGCUUGUACACUGGUUGUACCUCCUCUCACUGAGUUAAGACAAAAUGUUUUUUCUAUCAUUGAGUUUCUUGAGGCUUACAGUAUUAAUAGGCUCACUGCUGUUCCAUCACUUAUGAGGGUGAUCCUUCCUGCCAUGCAAAGUCAACAUGAUAAUCUGAUUUCAAGUUCGCUAAGGUUGUUAGUUCUAAGUGGUGAAGUCCUACCUUUAGCCUUGUGGAACAUGCUUUCCAGUUUAUUACCCAAGACCUCUGUUCUGAAUUUGUAUGGGAGCACGGAGGUAUCCGGAGAUUGUAUGUAUUUUGACUGCAAGAGGUUGCCAUCAAUUUUGGAGGUGCAGACACUAACAACUGUUCCAAUUGGUUUGCCCAUUUCUAAAUGCAGUAUUGUACUUAAUGGUGAAAACAGUAAUCCUAAUGAGGGAGAAAUAUACGUUAGAGGUCUCUGUGUUUCUAUUGGAUACUUUUCUGAAAACGCUAUCAUACCUUUGAACAAUGCAAAGUUGCACCAGAAUUCACUUUGUAAGUGUUCUAUGGAAGCUUGUGGAAGUCAAGUAUAUUUUAGGACUGGUGAUUUUGCUCACCAGCUACCAAGUGGUGACUUGGUUUUCUUGGGGAGAAAGGACCGUACUGUAAAAGUUAAUGGCCAACGCAUUGCUCUGGAAGAGGUAGAAAAUACAUUAAGGGGGCAUAAUGAUGUUAUUGAUGCUGCUGUUAUUUCUCAUAAGGAUCAGGGCGAAGAUGCACUCAUUGUAGCAUUCAUAUUGCUAAGAGAGAAGGAAGAGUCGGGUGAAAUGUUUAAAACAUCCAUCAGAAACUGGAUGAUCAGCAAACUUCCUACUGCAAUGGUUCCUACUCACUUUGUCUUUGUGAAAUCUUUGCCAAUGUCUGCCAGUGGAAAAGUUGACUAUACAGUAUUAGUGGAGUCAAUAUUGUCCAAAAGUCAUGUUCAAGAUGAGAUUAGUAACACUGGGCCUAGCAAUCUUAUGCAAGUUAUAAAAAAGGCAUUUUGUGAAGCUUUGAUGGUUGAAGAUGUUUCAGAUGAUGAUGACUUCUUUAUGAUAGGUGGUAACUCCAUCGCUGCAGCACAUGUUUCUCAUAAUCUUGGGAUUGAUAUGAGAUUGCUAUAUACCUUUUCAACUCCAGCUAAGCUUCUAAUUACUCUUGUGGAGAAAAAGGGAUCAAAGAAUACAAAUUUUAGAAUUAAGGAUAAUGCAGAAUUGAUUAUACAACCAGACAAGGGGAGUGCAUAUUCUUCUGUUGAAUCUGAAACUCCUGAUCCCCUUGGCUCAAAGUUACAAAGAACAUUAUCAUGGACCCUUUAUGAAAGGAAUGAUGAUCAAGCUGUUAGGUCUAAACGAUUGAAGGUGGAUUCAAAUAAAUAUUAUAUUCUGGAUCCUGUUCAUUUAUUCAAUGGAUAUCCAUGGAAUUCUACAUCAAUACUCAAAUCAUGUUCAUUUAGCCGCUGCAACAAGGUUAUGCGUGCAGGUGAAAAUGAGGUUAAUGAUACUUGGCAAGUAGCACAGUCAGUAGAAGUUCCAAGAACUAGAACAGGAUAUAUGCAAGAAUUGUGGAAAGUUCACAUGGAGUCCUGUGUUGAUGCCUCACCACUCAUUGUGUUUAAAGAUUCUGAUAUUUAUUUAUUUGUUGGAUCUCACUCACAUAAGUUCCUCUGUGUUAAUGCCCAAAGUGGUUCUAUCCAGUGGGAAACCAGACUACAAGGACGAGUUGAAGGGUCUGCAGCAAUUGUUGGUGACUUCUCUCAGGUGGUUGUUGGAUGCUACGAUGGGAACUUAUAUUUUCUUGAAUUUUUAAAUGGCAACAUCUGUUGGACUUUCCAUACAUCAGGGGAGGUGAAAUGCCAGCCAAUCAUGGACAAUCAUAGGGGAUUGAUCUGGUGUGGGUCACAUGACCGUAACUUAUAUGCUCUUGAUUAUAGAAAUCGUUGCUGUGUAUGUAAGCUUCCUUGUGGUGGUAGUAUAUUUGGGUCACCAGCAAUUGAUGAGGUACAUCAUGCUCUUUACAUGGCAUCUACUAGUGGGCGUGUGACGGCUAUAUCAAUUAAGGAGUUGCCAUUUUGUACUUUGUGGUCAUAUGAGCUGGAAGUGCCAGUAUUUGGGUCUCUUUCCAUCAGUCCACGACAUGGAUAUGUAAUUUGUUGCUUGGUGGAUGGGCAUGUUGUUGCUUUGGAUUCAAGUGGAUCCAUUGUUUGGAAGAGGAGAACUGGUGGUCCAAUAUUUGCUGGAGCUUGCAUAUCUUAUGCACUUCCUUCGCAGGUGCUAAUUUGUUCCAGGAACGGAAGUGUUUAUUCCUUUGAAAUGGAAAAAGGUGAACUACUCUGGGAAAUAAAUGUUGGAGAUCCAAUCACUGCAUCUGCUUAUGUUGAUGAGAACUUACAGCUGAUAUCAAACCCCACCAUUUCAGUUGACAGAUUGGUUUGUGUUUGUACUAGCUCGGGAAGCAUACUUUUGCUUCGAAUAAGCUUGGAUGAAGGAAAGGGUAGUCAUCAAAGAAAAUAUAUGGUGCAGGAAUUUGUAAGGCUUAAGCUAGAAGGGGAUCUGUUUUCUUCACCUGUGAUGAUAGGGGGCAGGAUUUUUGUUGGUUGCAGGGAUGAUUAUUUGCACUGCAUAGCUGUUGAAACCCAAGAAUCAGUUGGAUAAUAAUAAGGUUUUUGUUUGAUAUUCUCUUCCCAAAUAAUAGGUUUGUGCAAUCAGCUAUCAUAAAUUGUCCUAGUAAUAAAUACAAAUUUUCUCGAUAUUACAUAACUAGCAACGUUCUUAAUAAAGUUUAUGAAGAUUCUGCCACA